AUGUACGGUACUGGGACUGGCACGUACAUGCGCUGGGGAUCUAAGGAAUGUCCUAGUUCUCCCAUGCUGUUCAAGCUGCACACGGGUUUCAUGGCCGCCACCACCAACAAGGGCACUGGAGGUGGAUCGGACUACCUCUGCCUACCGGAGAGUCCAGAAUACCCAGAACGAAUGCCCGAUUUCGGAAGCGACGCUUCCACGGUCGUGUCGGGCGUCAAGUACGGACUGAUGGACGACCACCCAUUCACUGUGCACGAGGCUCGAUACUUUUUCGGUAAAGGAGUACCGUGCGCAAUGUGCCAUAUGACCAACAGGACUCUGGUCCAUGUUUUCCCUGUGGAAGACGAGUGCCCCGAAGACUGGAUUUACGAGUAUUCGGGCUACAUGAUGGCAGGCUCCAAUCUGCCGGGAAACCACGUCUGCUUCAGCGAUCCGCCGCAGUCCUACGAGGACAAUGUCGAAGAGCAGCAGGCCCACACCUUGUCCAUCCUCCACAUUUCAGACAAAGAUGGAGGGUUGCCAAAGCCACCUUAUGUCAAGAAUGCAGCUAUCAAAUGCAUCGUCUGCUCAAAAUAG